GGUCUUUAUGCGUGCUGAAUGGUGCUGCUUCAGGGCAGGAGGCCCUGUUGUCACCUUGCCCUGCAGAACCCAGACAGACCAGCGGUGACUCCAGAUUAACCCAUUUUUCUGACUUUCCCACAGAUGACAUAGGUCUCGCUACAGCUGUUCCUCCACAAUGGUUGUUCCUGAGUCCCAGGAGAAAAUGUACGACCCUCCUAACAACCUGCAGAGGGAUGCUCAUGUGCCUGAUUUUGACUCCUAUCAGGCAAUGUACAGGAAGUCGCUGGAGGAUCCAGAAGCUUUCUGGAAGGAGAUUGCUGAUGAAUUCUUUUGGAAGAAGCCAGCAACAGGACCGAUGCUGCAGUACAACUUUGACGUUUCAAAAGGCAACAUAUACGUCAAAUGCAUGGAAGGGGCCAAAACCAACAUGUGCUAUAACGUCUUGGACAGGCAUGUGAGGGAGGGGAACCUCGGUGAAAAGGUUGCCUAUUACUGGGAGGGAAACUCGCCAGGCCAUCACGCGACCAUAACCUAUCGCCAGCUGCUGAGCCACGUCUGCCGCUGUGCUAAUGUGCUCAAGCAAAUGGGUGUGAAGAAGGGAGACAGGGUGUCCAUCUAUCUGCCCAUGAUCCCGGAGCUCAUCUACGCCAUGCUGGCCUGCGCCAGGAUCGGUGCUGUUCAUUCCAUUGUGUUUGCAGGUUUCUCCUCUGAGUCUCUGAGCGAGAGGAUUAUGGACGCCCAAAGCAGCGUUCUGAUCACAGCAGAUGGUGUUUACAGAGGAGAGAAGCUGAUCAACCUGAAACACAUUUCAGACGAGGCGUUGGAGAAGUGCAGGGAAAAAGAGUCAUGCAGUGUCACCACAUGUCUGGUUGUCAAGCACCACUCAAUGAGGACAAUAAGCGGAACUUCAUGUAACAAACUACAGAUUUCCUGGGAUUCCCAGCGAGACGUGUGGUGGGACGAGGCGAUGGCAGACUCCCCUGAAGAGUGUGAACCCGAGUGGCUGGAUGCCGAGGACCCGCUGUUCAUCCUCUACACCAGCGGCUCCACCGGCAAACCCAAAGGUGUCAUGCACACAGUCGCCGGCUACCUGCUCUACACGUCUCUGACCUUCAAAUAUGUCUUCGAUCAUCACCUGGACGACGUGUACUGGUGCACGGCGGACAUCGGCUGGAUCACCGGCCACUCCUACAUCGCCUACGGCCCUCUUGCAAAUGGUGCCACGAGUGUGCUUUUUGAAGGCAUACCCGUCCACCCUCACGUCGGCCGGUUCUGGGAGAUCAUCGAGAAGUACAAAGUGAGCAAGUUUUACACGGCUCCUACAGCCAUCCGCCUGCUGAUGAAGUACGGCCGGGAACCAGUGCAGAAGUACGACCUGUCCAGCUUGAGGAUUCUGGGCACCGUGGGCGAGCCGAUCAACGCCGAGGCGUGGCAGUGGUAUUACGAGGCCGUCGGCCACGGCAGAUGUCCUGUGGUCGACACCUACUGGCAGACGGAGACGGGAGGUCACGUCUUGACUCCUCUUCCAGCUGCCACACCACUCAAACCCGGCUCUGCCACCUUUCCUUUCUUUGGGGUUGAGCCGAGCAUCCUCAGUGAACACGGCGAGGAGCUGGCAGGAGAAGCCGAGGGUUAUCUGGUAUUCAGAAGGCCCUGGCCUGGAAUCAUGCGGACCGUGUAUAAGAACCACGAACGCUUCGAGAACACAUACUUCAAGAAGUUCCCAGGCUUUUAUGUGACCGGUGACGGCGUCAGACGGGACAAAGACGGCUAUUACUGGAUCACAGGGAGGAUAGACGACAUGCUGAAUGUGUCAGGCCACCUGAUGAGCACGGCGGAGGUGGAGGGCGCUCUGUCGCUGCACCCAGCUGUGUCGGAGGCUGCCGUGGUGAGCCGACCUCACAAGGUGAAGGGAGAGAGUCUGUACUGCUUCGUCACUCUGAAAAACAGCAUAGACUUCAACAAAACACUGGAGGAUGAGCUCAAGAAACUCGUGAGGGAGAAAAUCGGACCAAUCGCAACGCCAGACUUCAUUCAGAACGCCCCGGCGCUGCCCAAGACUCGCUCAGGAAAGAUCAUGAGGCGGAUCCUCCGUAAUAUCGCCCGCAACGAGAGGGACGUGGGGGACCUCUCCACCUUAGCUGACCCCAAAGUGGUGGAGGAGUUGUUCAGUGAGCGGAGUGAGGCUGCAGCCUGAGAGACGCCUCCACCUCUCUGUCCUGAUGCAACACUACUGAUGGAGGCAAUCACAAACCACUGGCUUUGUAUCAGCGUCUGACUGUUUUUUGUGCCCUCUUUUGGACUUUUGGACUCUGAGUUGUCAGUUGGUGUAGAUUUAUUAUUAAAAGGGCUGUUGGUGGUUCGGGCCAAAAUGUCACAUAUGCAAGUUUAAAGCUUUAUCAGUGGAAGAAGUGAAUCUUUGUUGUCUUUAUGACUUUUGACAUAGUAAAUCAGCUCUGCAGAGCUUGUGUCUGACCGAUGUCUGAUGUAUAUUUUCACACUUUAAUCCAUUUUUAUGACCUGAGAAUAAAGUGUUUAAUUCA